AUGACGGCUGUACGAACCAGCAUCAACGGCUUCCAUGAAGCGGAACUAGUGGACAUCUCAGUACUGAGAAGUCCUGCUAACCUCGGUGCUAUCCUUCCAACUCUGAAAUCCCUCAACGCUGGUCUCCCUUCGUUGACCAUUGACAGUGAUGAUGCUCGAUUUGUGAUGUUGCAGGCGGCAUGGAAACUGGUCCUGUCUUUAGAGACACCACGGGAAACUAUGCUUAGACACUGUUGGUCUCAAUCUGGUGCUGUUGCUGCUCUGAACACUGGUUCGGUGUCAGGACUUUGGCAGACAAUGGCCAAGAAUGGCGACCGUCCGCAAAAGGUGGGCGAACUUGCUGCAGCAACUGGUGUGGACGAAGUACUGCUCGCGCGUAUAAUGCGCCACCUCUCGGCGAUCCAGUACCUCGAAGAGACUGGCCCAAACGAGUACAAGACCACAAGCUUCACGAAGGCUAUGGCUCAUGAGCUCAUGGCAGAUAGCCAUAUUGCUAUGUGCUCGGGAACAAGUGCCGGCGCAUACCAAUUUCACGAAUUCGCGCGGGAUAACAAGUUCCAUAACCCCGUCGAUGCCCACAACACCUCCAUGAUGCAGGCAUACAAGACGAACAAGGAUAUGUUCCAGUGGCUCCAGCAGAUAGGCUACGGUGAACAAUUCAAUAACCACAUGCGAGCCUACGCUCAAGGCCGCCUGCGUUGGAUGGAUCCUUUGGUAUUCCCCGUCGAGGAACGGCUUAUCGAAGGUGCCGAAACCGCUUUUGACGCACCCUUCAUUGUUGACAUCGCAGGUGGUGUAGGACACGACUUGGUCCAUUUCAAGACAAAUUACCCUGGCCACCCUGGAAAACUGAUCCUCCAAGACUUACCCAAAGUCAUUGGUCAGAUCAAGGAGCUUGACACAAGUAUCGUGCGCAUGGAAUAUGACUUCCACACUCCUCAGCCCACCAAGGCCGCUCGCGCGUAUUUCAUGCACUCAACUCUGCAUGACUGGCCUGACGAUGUGUGCGGGUCCAUAUUGAAGAAUACGGUGGAGGCCAUGAAACCGGGAUACAGCAAGCUCUUGAUCAACGAAAACGUCAUUCCCAAGAGCAAGGCUCACUGGGAGAUGACUUCCCUUGAUAUGGUCAUGCUGACCUUGUUCAACUCUCGGGAACGCACUGAGGAAGACUGGACUGAUCUUUUGGCGGCUAAUGGUUUGAAGAUUGUCAAGAUCUGGCAGGGUGGAAAGGCUUGGGAGAGUCUGAUUGAAUGCGAGUUGGCGUAACACUAUCUAGUCGUACCCCCUAUACGUAACUAGAAGCAGCUCCGGAUCAGCUUUUGAGUUCCAAAAGGAACUAUCUUUCUUCGAGUAGUUUCUGGGAAGUGCACAGUUCUAGCGUGUGGGAGGCUGGUUUGAUAUUUCUGGCUAUCGUUUAGAUAUGAUAUAUAGGUGUCAUAAAUUCAACUUUUCUAUCG